UUGCCAUGGGAUCUUUAGGAAAAAGUAUCUUGCCUUCAAGCGCCAGCUAGCUCAGAUAGACAUGUUACAGCACCUUACCAGGCUAAGACGUUCUCUGUUCACGAUUCCUGACAUCAUUCGAAGCAUGUCUAACUUGGGUCAAAGUUCAGUCAACUCUGCAGCGAGGAGAUGCUCAACAGAUACCUCUGAAGCUCACUCCCAGCGGCCAUCGGUCUCCUCCGGUACUCUCAGUCUCACGUCUCCCAUCGGUUAUAUCCGCUCUUGUUUCAAGAGCAAGAACGGGACACCAAGGCAGCCGUCGGUCUGUGGCUAUGCCAGGGCAAAGCUUCAAAUCCUCAAGUCUGUUUUUGUCUGCCCGGAUCACUCCCUGGAUGGCUUAUCUCAGUUCUCUCAUGUCUGGAUUCUCUUUGUGUUCCAUGAGAACAGCCAAGAGAAAUUCACCAAAGCCAAAGUGAAACCUCCAAGACUGAAUGGAAGAAAGGUUGGCGUUUUUGCAUCCAGGUCUCCCCAUAGACCAAACCCUAUAGGACUCACUCUGGCAAGACUAGACAAAGUGGAAGGAAACACGCUGUACUUGUCUGGUGUGGACAUGAUAGACAGAACUCCAGUCCUGGAUAUCAAACCUUACGUUACUGAUUAUGACAAUCCUAAACAAGCUUCUACCAGAACUGCUGAUAAUGCUCACAUGCAAACACCAUCAGAAAUACAGCUUGGUGGUGCCUCAGGGGUUCUUAGUGAAAUGCAGGAAACACAAUGUGGUUUAGAAUCUUCCCAAGCAAACUGUGUUAGCCUACAGACUGAUCAACCAGAAGAACGCUCUAAGGACAGUACUCGAUGUCCUCGGCAGUCAAUCAACGUAGUCAAGUUAAAUAGUCACAUAAAUGAUAGGUCAUCAGACUCAGAUACAAUCAAGAGUGAAGAUGGCAGCAGAACUACUGAGAGCAUUGAUGGUUCUGAAGACAACAAAAAUGUUGUGAGAGUAGCUGACUGGGUAGGAGCUCCUCCGAUCAAGAAACUCGCUGUUCGGUUUACUCCAAGUGCUGAGGCUCAGCUUGCUUCAUUCUGGAGAAAUCCUGAUUUGGAUCACAAGCUGGAAUUUCUUGACAGCUAUGAUGAAGCUCACCAGGCAGUAGAGGACAUCCUUUCGGCAGACCCUCGAUCAGUCUACAGAAGGAACUCAUGCUCCGACAGACUGUACUACUUCACUCUAGACAACCUUCACAUAACCUGUUGGUUUGGUGCAGGAUUCGCAGAAGUUCUUCAGGUGCAGCCGAUUGACCUGGCAGAUAUACCGAAACAGACUGGAGAUGAAAGUGUCGCAACAUUCAAAGUCAAGACAUGAUUGUUGGUUGACUGCCUCUGCUUUGCCAAAAACAAUGCCCGUCUCGUAGUUGCUGGAUUCAUCGAAGUGCUCCAGCCAGCCUCCAAGACUAAGUAAAAUCAACCCCAGAACAGACACAGAUGAUGGCUGGGCAACACUAAAAGAAAACAAGUAAUAUUUGAUCAAUUGCCCAUCCUCCACCAGCCAGUUGUUGAAGGAUUUGCAGAAGUGCUCCAAGUGCAUGUACGUAAUUUGCUCAAAACUCUGACCAGGAAUUAAUCCGAAUUGUUCAUGCAUACAGAAAAAUAUUGUGUUUCGAAGCCUUUGGCAAUGAUUCAUUGAGCUUGUUUUCACUGGAACUGUUAGAACAAGUUUCAGUGCUGAAAACUCUCACAAAACGGUGCCUAGU